UUCUGAGACAAGUACAAAAAAAUAUCGUUAUUUCAUAUGCAUGAUCGAUGACCACCUCAAAAGCUGCACAUAAAUCCAAUUUCCAACCGUAGUUUCCUAGGACAAACAUAUGUCAAACCAAUCACACUCAUCCAAACUUUGAAUCAAAUAGCCCACCACCACCCUCUCUUCUCCAUGCCACACCCUUGCAGAAACAUCACAAAUACAAAGAGGGAAAACAAAAAAAAAAAAGAAAAAAAACCACCAUUGUAACACUUCUUUCUGCCUUAGCAAGAACAUGCUAUCAAGAGCUUUCACUAAGCCAAAGAGGAGCCCUCGAGGGGGGGAAUCGAGCCUCCGGUCGACGGCCUCCAUAUCCGAAUACGAUGAAGACUUCAUCGUAGGGUUCAUGGACGACAUCCCAUUGGUCUCAUUCGACGAAUGGAAUGAUAGUUACAAUAGUCGUGUAAGUGGCAAUAAAGUCGUUGCGGGUAGUUAUAAUCAAAGUCCGAAUAGUUCGGAGUCGAUGACACUUAGGCAGGUCUUGAGGGCAUCAGUUGGGGUGGUGGGGGAGAGCCCUCUAGGGAUGACUGAGAAGGUGGUGCUUCUAGGGGGCAAAAUUUGUGCAGUGAAAAGGUUUAGGAGAGUCGCUAUUAGGAAACGCGAGUUUGGGAGGAGGAUUGAGAGGGUGGCUCAGGUGGGAAACCAGUGUGAGUUCUUGGUGCCUGUCACUGCUUAUCUCUAUGCUAAGAGGAUCAAGUUUGUGGUUUGUGAUUAUUAUCCCAUGGGCAGUCUUGCUGAUUUGCUUUCUGGUGCAAGGGAACAAGGGCACACUGCCUUAGAAUGGAAGCACAGGUUCAAGAUAGUCCAUGGCAUAGCCAAAGCAAUUGCAUACAUCCAUUCACAAAACCCUCCAAGAGAGAAGCACUUGCAGCUAAACCUGCAUGGCAACAUCAAGUCCUCCAACGUCAUGAUCGACAUCGACUUCACCGCCCGUCUCUCCGACUAUGGCUUCGUGCAGUUGGCGGAUCAGGUGGAGGUUGAUGACACCGGCCAGGCUGAGAUAUCAACCCCUUCACCUGAACGAGCUCUAGUCGAGACGAUAUCGCAGGAAAGCGACAUAUAUAACUUUGGUAUGGUGUUGAUGGACAUACUAGGAUGGCCUAAGGUUUCAUUAGGGGUUGAAAACUAUCCACGGGGUCUUGGCGUUGGUUAUCAGUUAUGGGAUUAA